AUGGGGAAAUCACAGUCCAAAUUAUCACCGAGCCAGCUCGAGGAGCUCCAGAGAUCAACACAUUUCGACAAGAAGGAACUCCAGCAAUGGUAUAAAGGCUUCUUGAAAGACUGCCCGUCCGGCACCCUCACCAAGGAAGAGUUCCAAAAGAUAUACCGACAGUUCUUCCCCUUUGGUGACCCGUCGUCGUUUGCAAACUAUGUCUUCCGCGUGUUUGACGCCGACGGGAGCGGCAUGAUCGAUUUUAAGGAGUUCAUCUGUGCCCUGUCCGUGACCUCUAGGGGCAAGAUGGAGGAUAAGCUCGACUGGGCAUUCCAGCUUUACGAUAUCGACGGAGAUGGUAAGAUUAGCUAUGAAGAGAUGCUUGCUAUUGUCGAGGCUAUUUACAAGAUGGUUGGCUCCAUGGUCAAACUCCCUGAGGACGAAGACACUCCGGAAAAGCGUGUACAGAAGAUAUUCCGGAUGAUGGACAAGGAUGAAAACGGUAGUCUAGACAUCAACGAGUUCAAGGAGGGCAGCAAACGAGACGAGACUAUAGUGAGCGCCCUAUCCUUGUACGAUGGAUUGGUAUAG